AUGCCUAAGUAUUGUGGUACUCACGUCACACUACCCGGCCACGAUCUCAGCGUUGAACCUAUGAACGGGUAUAUACUGAAAAGUCUCACCGCAGGACUAGAAGCAUCUCAUUGCUUCUCCCGCAGCGCCGGCACCAAAUACUGCUGCUUAGAGCCACCCAAAUUCACCGAUCCGGCCAACAAUUUCGUCUCCGACGAAGAUUUCAAGAAAGCUCAAUGCAGUCCUAUAGACUAAACGUGGCCUCCG